AUGGAGGAGGAAAAAGAAAAGGAGGAGCAGGACACAGACAUGGCAGACUCUAAUGGGCUGAUGCUGCUCGUGACAGUUGGUAUAGCUGCUGAUGCCCCUUACGCAAAGAUGGUUGAUUUCUUGGAAGACUGGGGCCCGGACUCUGCUCACCACAACCAGAGCCAGUCUGCACUCACCCCACCCACCAAUGGGACGUUGGUACAGUUCCAGAGCUUUCAGCUGGUGCACCAGCUGAAGGUGCUGAUCAUCCUGCUGUACACAGCCAUGAUGGUGGUGGGCAUGGUGGGGAACUGCUUGCUGGUGCAUGUCAUGGUGCAGGUGAAGAAGAUGCACAACGUCACCAACUUCCUGAUCGGGAACCUGACCCUGUCAGACGUGGCCAUGUGCACCACUUGCAUCCCACUCACCUUAGCCUAUGUCUUUGAGCCCCGCGGCUGGAUCUUCAGCAGCGUCAUGUGCUACUUCAUCUUCUUCAUGCAGCCUGUCACCAUCUAUGUGUCUGUCUUCAUCCUGGCCACCAUUGCCGUGGACCGCUACAUUAUCAUUGUGCAUCCACUACCGUGCCGCAUCUCACUGAAGCUGGGUGCCUAUGUGGUGCUUUUCAUCUGGAUCCUCUCUUGCUGCCUGGCACUGCCAGCCAUGGCCCACACCUACUACAUGGAACUUGGACAGCAGGAGCUCACCCUGUGCGAGGAGUUCUGCGGGGAACAAGAGCACCAGCGGCAAAUCUAUGUUCUCUUCCUGCUGCUUAUCAUCUACCUCUGCACUCUGCUAGCAAUCCUGGUCUCCUACACCAAGAUCUCCCUCAAACUCAAGAACAGGAGAGCAAUCAUUCCUGGUACCAUCACUCAGAGUCAGGCCAACUGGGACAGAGCCAGGUGCAAGAGGACCUUCUGCCUGCUGGUCAUGGUGGUGGUGGUCUUCGGUGUGUGCUGGCUGCCCUUGCACACCUUCAACCUCAUCUGGGACAUCAACAUCAUUGCCAUCGAUGCCUAUUAUUUUAGCCUUGUCCAGCUGCUGUGCCACUGGUUUGCUUUGAGCUCUGCCUGCUACAACCCCUUCAUAUAUGGCUGGCUGCACAAUAGCUUUAGGGAGGAGCUAAAGAAGUUAUUGGUCUGGCACAGGAAAGUGGCUCCUUAUGGGCAAAGCAUGACCAUGAGUGUUGUCAUCUGACCUGCUGCCCAGCAGCUCCUCUUGCAGGGU